CAACGAGACCGGCGGUAGAAGCACGCAGGGAGAUUCAAUUUUGGGCCGAAGGAGCUGUAAGCGAAGCGUGCCGAGACACCGUCGGACGCUGGUGGGGAGGAACGUUAACGAGACGAAAGGAAGCGAGAGCGAAUGAAGAUGUUGAAGCGGUCGGCGAGGACGAGUAAACGAGCUCAAAGUCAGAGCGGUUCGGGCAUGGCCACCGGAGGUGCCGGAGAGUCACUCGACUAGGUAGCUGCGAGGGAAGACCAAAGAGAAGGUUGACGGAUGUUGGGAGGGCUCUUGGUGGCGGUAGAGGCGCCCACAUGACCCGAAGAAGAUUCUAUCUAGGGUCCAAACUAAUGUAAUGUGCAGGUGUCCUGCUCACUCCCACACUUUGUACCAAGGUGUGACGUGCAGCGAGCGUAAAACGGACUACGCCUUCGAGAUGGCCAGUUCCAACAUUCGCUACGGAGAAGGAGUCAGCAGGGAAAUCGGCAUGGACCUCCAGAACUUGGGCGCCCGCAACGUCUGCGUGAUGACCGACAAGAACUUGUGCCGCCUGCCGCCCGUCAUGGCGGUCGUGGAGUCUUUGGCCAAUAGCGGCGUGCCGUUCAAGAUGUACAACAGCGUUCGCGUGGAGCCCACCGACGGCAGCUUCAAAGACGCCAUCGCCUUCGCCAAGAGGGGUGGAUUUGAUGCCUACGUGGCGGUGGGCGGGGGCUCCGUCAUCGACACGUGCAAGGCGGCCAAUCUGUACUCGUGCCACCCCGACGCCCGCUUCCUGGACUUCGUCAACGCUCCCAUCGGAAGAGGAAAGCCGGUCACCACAGGUGCCCUGAAGCCGCUCAUCGCGGUCCCGACGACCGCCGGCACCGGCAGCGAGACGACGGGCGUGGCCAUCUUUGACUACGAGCCUCUGAAGGCAAAAACGGGGAUCGCCAGCCGAGCCCUGCGCCCCACCCUGGGCGUGGUGGAUCCCCGGCACACGCUGAGCAUGCCCAGCAGGGUCGCCGCCAACAGCGGUUUUGACGUCCUCUGCCAUGCCCUGGAGUCGUACACCGCCCUGCCGUACCGGCGGCGCGCUCCCUGCCCCCCCGACCCCCUCAGCAGGCCGGCCUACCAGGGGAGCAACCCCAUCAGCGACGUGUGGGCGCGGCACGCCCUCGGGGUGGUCGCCAAAUACCUGAAGCGGGCGGUCCGCGACCCAGAAGACGUGGAAGCUCGAUCCGGCAUGCACCUGGCCAGCGUGUUCGCCGGCAUCGGCUUCGGCAACGCGGGCGUCCAUCUCUGCCACGGCAUGUCCUACCCCAUCGCGGGUAACGUCAAGACGCACAAGGCCGACGGCUACGACGUGGAGCACGCCCUGGUGCCUCACGGUCUGUCGGUGGUUCUGACGGCGCCGGCCGUCUUCGGCUUCACGGCGCCGGCGUGUCCGGAGCGCCACCUGGAGGCCGCCCGAAUCCUCGGCGCCGACGUCAGCCGCGCCAAGCGAGCGGACGCGGGCGCCGUGCUGGCCGACACGUUGCGGCGCUUCCUCUACGAGAUGCGGGUGGAGGACGGGCUCGCCGCCGUGGGAUACCGAGAGGAGGACGUGCCCGCGCUGGUCCGAGGGACCCUCCCGCAGGAGCGAGUGACAAAACUUUCUCCUCGCGAGCACAGCGAGGAAGACUUGACGCGUCUGUUCGAGGCCUCCAUGAAACUCUACUGACGUGGCCUCCUGUCCCGCGUCGUUGCUUCCUCGGCCACCGGAGGCGGCGGCGC